AUGCAAGUUGGAGACUUUCCCAUUAAAGAUAAAGUGGUGGUAGUGACAGGUGGUGGCUCGGGGAUAUGCUUCGAGUUUGUCAAGAAAGCGAUUGAGGCCGGAGCGAAAGUCCUAAUAGCGGACUUAAAGCUCACUACGCAAGCCCAGACGUGGUUUAAUGAGGUACAAGACAAGCGUCCAGUUGCAUUCGCAACAUGCGAUGUAACGAAGUGGUCAGACUUGAGAGAACUUGUCGAUGCAUCCAGAAAGCAUUUCAAUGCCGUCCCAGACGUCUGGGUACCCGGUGCCGGCGUCUUCGAACCUAAAUGGUCCAACUUCUGGGAUGAUCUGGAGACCGAACGGUACCAGGAGGUAGAUAUCAACGUAAACCAUCCGAUAAAGCUCACGAGAAUCGCUAUGCAAGCGCUUGCCGAGGCCGACAAAAAGGGCGUAGUCCUAUCCGUCGCAUCGAUCGCCGGUCUGUCAGGAACCUAUUCUAGCGCACUAUACGUGGCGACAAAACAUGCCGUCGUUGGUUUCACUCGCAGCAUGGCUCUGGCAGAUAAGUAUGAAGGCAUCAAGAUCGUAACGAUAUGCCCGGGCGUUGUGAAAACCCCCCUCUGGACCGACCGAGAUGACUACAUGAAGCAAUUUGGCAUCUCCGACAAGCUUUCGCUGACUCCGGAAUAUAUCGCCGACACGAUGAUGGACAUCAUCCAACAGGGACGGUACCCCGGUGGUACGGUGCUGGAGGUCCGGUUGGAAGGAACAAGAGUCAUUCACGAAUGGAAUAACCCCGUGCCUGAGAGUCUGAAAGCGGAGAUUCCGAAGGAGUUCAUUGAGCAUAAUAUUGCUCCGAUGAGAGCCAUCAUGGAUUCUUAUCGAAAGAAGCCGUCUUCUUAG